GCACACCGACUUCAAAUCACCUCUACUGUUUCUUCCUUUUACGUCUUUUUCUCUGUCUCUCUGUGUGUGUGUUGUCUUUUAAUUUCUUCUCCUUCUCUGCAAAGUCUUGGUUGUUAGUUCUUAAAUUCUCUCUGGAGUAGUACCCAAAAGGAGAGGUAGAAGGAACCGAAAAUGGUGGAUAUCCAGACUGUGUGUUGUAUGUGUGGCGAUGUGGGCUUCCCCGACAAACUCUUCCGCUGCUCCAAGUGCCGCAACCGCUUUCAGCACUCGUACUGCAGCAACUACUAUAGUGAACACGCUCAGCCUAUUCAGGUGUGCGAUUGGUGCCAAUGCGAGGAGAGAAAUUCGUCAUCCAGGCAUGGGAUUUCUUCCAGGAAUAAUAAUAAUAACAGGUCCGCCCAUGCAAAUGAAGUGAGAUCAGCCUACUCCGGCGACAAGAUCAAGCAGCACCACCGCGAAGAGGGCAGCUCCGCCGCCGAGAAACCAACCGGGAAAACCCCUUCCCCACGCCCCACCACCCGCAGGUACAAGCUUCUCAAGGAUGUAAUGUGCUGAUUAUGGACUCAAGAAUUUGAAAGAAAAAAUCCCUUGUGUCCAAUAUGUAUAUAUAAUAUAAUAUAACAAUAAUAAUAUUAAUAUAUAUAUAUAGUAGUAAUUAAUUUGUAGUGAUAGUUGGAGGUUGUUUUCAAGUGUUUUUGUUGACUUUAAAGGAGUUGUAGCUACUUGGGCCAUGUCCCUCUACCUAGGCUAAUAAAUUGUUACAAUAUAUACACGACCAAUCAGUACUACUUCAUGUACUUGUCUUGUCUUAAUUUUUCCUCAA